ACCGUCCGAUGCCUAGUGGCUCUAAACAGCAGUGUGUUAGUGGGGUUCGCAGUCCUAAGGGACAGCUAGGUGGAUCCUGUGGGUUCACUGGUGUCAGUCAUGUGGUCAGGUAGACCCUUGCUGAUGACGUCAGCAGGUGGACAGGACUCGCUGUCGUGUUGGCAAGUUGGCUGCCUGUAAGGUAAGCUGGGCCACCUGACUUUUCUCUCUCACCCCGAGUCUUUCAGUCUGCGCCUCAGGCUUGCCCGUCACUGUUCUCAUGGCAACCGGGGAGGGUCCCAGGAGAACAGAGAGGGGCUGCGGCUGCAUGGAGGCCUCGUGCGCACCUGCAAGGCCAUGGUCAUUGCUUCUGCAUUCUGUGGAAUAGAGCAAGUCUCAAGCUUUUUGCCUGAAUUCAUCAGCGGAGACUUUGACUCCAUUAGACCCGAAGUUAGAGAAUACUAUGCUGCCAAGGGAUGUGAGCUCGUUUCAACACCCGACCAAGACCACACGGACUUCACCAAGUGCCUCCAGGUGCUCCAGACGAAGAUCCAGGGAAAAGGCCUGCAGGUGGACGUGAUCGUGACUUUGGGAGGACUGGCCGGGCGUUUCGACCAGAUCAUGGCGUCCGUGAGCACCUUGUUCCAGGCGACUCGCAUCACCCCUGUGCCCGUCAUAAUCAUCCAGGAGGAGUCUCUCAUCUACCUGCUGCACCCAGGCAAGCACAGGCUGCGCGUUGACACCGGGCUGGAGGGUGACUGGUGUGGCCUCAUCCCCGUGGGACAGCCCUGCCAUCGGGUCACGACCACGGGCCUGAAGUGGAACCUCACAAAUCACAUGCUCAGUUUUGGGACACUGGUGAGCACCUCCAACACCUACGACGGAUCGGGGGUGGUGACCGUGGAAACGGACCACCCGCUCCUCUGGACCAUGGCCAUCAAACAGUGACCUCCAGCUGACCUUGCCGCUCAACAGCGGUCUCCUCGGGUGGCGGGCAUCGAGGCCUCACGGGAAGCCGCUAGUUCUAAAGGUGUCAAUGUUCAGAUGAUCCAGGUAGCAAAUGACAGACUUUAGUUUCAUAGUCAGGGGAAAAUCAUUAUUUUUCAGAAAAUAAAUAAACUCUACUACCUUCCAUUGGAAAACUAAUGUGGACCGUUUCACUGUACAGUUGAGGACUGAUUAUCCUUGUGUCAUUCAUCAUCCCGCUCGCACUUGGAAAACGGCUUUAACUUGAAGCUGGGAAGGCUCGGGAGGCUCCCCGGUACCUGUCACACACGCCGCCUCCUGCUCACCCUGCAGCCCUUACCGCCAUGGACUGCUCUGAGCAUCUGUUAGUAUCAGACCCCUCCGUGUAACACAAACUGAAAGGUCACACUGCACCCCUUUCCUUUGGCCUUAUCGCCGUCUUUUUGGUGCCUCCCAAAAAUGGGAUUCAUUGACCUCACUGUUAAAUUUGAGAACAGGCCGUUCUGGAAACUCUAGUUGAAAAGAGAAAUGGCGUGAGAGACAGAUGACCGGUCAUAAAGCCCCACACAUGCCCCGGUGCCACGCUGGGGUGCGGUGACCAGACACACAGAGCAGCCUGCCCCCCU